CGCGCCCUCGCCGCUGCAGUUCGCCCGGCGUGUGAGUCCUGUGGUUCUAGGUUCUCAGUAAGUCGGACGCACCGGAGCCAAAGUCGCUCAGGUUUCGAAGCCCUUGGCGUCACAGGCUCGGCGACAUGUCGAUGCUGGCUGAGCGGUGUUGGUGUGUUCAUUCUCAGAAAUGUCUCCUUCAUACAAGCCCCAGUCAGAGACCCUUGGCAGACACUGCUGUGUAGAGACAUGAACUCUGACACACACCAGGAAGCAGCCUCAGAGAGAACCCUGGUUAUCAAGGCCCAUCUCAAAUGCCACCUAUUAGCAGAGGCAGCGUUGGGCUGUGUGUUUCUUAAGAUAAGUAAAGUGGUAGCUUAGUCAUGUGUAGCAUUUUGGGGCCACCUUUUCCCUGCAAAGCACUGUAAAUUUGAGCCCUACUUGCUUUGCUUUAUAAGGAGUCUUUUUCUACCUAUGUGCUAGUAAAUGUUGAUUUAUUUUUGCUUGGGUAUAGAUAGUUGUGGGUCUCUUUAUUGAUUUUCCAUGCAGUACACCGAGCCUCUGACUGGAAGCUGUGUUACUUUUUCAUCUGCUAGGAGACUGCCAAGGCGUGAACUGCUGUUGGCAGUGAGUGAAGCAUAAGGAAGAAUAAAGCAUGAAGGUCGGCGGAAGCAGAAGUGGGCUGUGGAUCCGAGAAACACUGCAUGGAGUAAUGAUGACUCCAAGUUUGGCCAGAGAAUGCUAGAGAAGAUGGGAUGGUCUAAAGGAAAGGGUUUAGGGGCUCAGGAGCAAGGAGCCACAGAUCAUAUCAAAGUUCAAGUUAAAAACAACCACCUGGGACUUGGAGCUACGAUCAAUAAUGAAGACAACUGGAUUGCUCAUCAAGAUGAUUUUAACCAGCUUCUGGCUGCACUGAACACUUGCCAUGGGCAGGAAACAGCAGACUCCUCAGACAACAAGGAAAAGAAAUCUUUCAGCCUUGAAGAGAAGUCCAAAAUCUCCAAAAACCGUGUUCAUUAUAUGAAAUUCACAAAAGGGAAGGAUCUCUCAUCUCGGAGCAAAACAGAUCUUGACUGCAUUUUUGGAAAAAGGCAGAAGAAGACGACUCCUGAGAGGUUGAGCCAUCUCCUGGAUCCAAACAAGAGGCAGAUCUUGCCUGAAGGAAGUUUUUUGGAUUCUGACCAGGAGACGUCCAGCCCCGCCACUCCAGAGGGGACUGACACCUCCACCACGACCACCAGUGCCUUCACCAUCCAUGAGUACUUUGCCAAGCGCAUGGCAGAGCGAAAGAACAAGCUGCAGGACACCGCUGAGGGGCCAGGUGUUUCAGAGACCCCCCUGCGGAGCAAAAGGGGAAAGAAGAGAAAGAAAGAGGCGAAAGACAAAAGUGUGGAAAACGGCACCCAGCCCAAGGCCAAGAAGAAGAGAGCCCGAGCUGAGUGGCAGCUCGGAGACCCUGGCAGGGACGAGAAUUCUGGUGUCUCCGCUGAGGACGGAGAGGAUAGCAGGGAGGUACUCAGUGACCAGGACUUUCCCCUGAAGCCCAGAAGAAGGAAAGAAAAGAAAAAGCUACCAAAGCCGGUUGAGGCAGCAGUGGCCAGUAUGCUAGAUGAAACGCCAGUGAAAAAGAAGAAGAAAAAGAAAGAUUCUGAGUAAAUCUCUGAGCCAGGGCCUCCCGACCCCUCUGCCACCGGGGCUGCCGCGCCAGCUCCUCAGGCUCAGUCAGCAGGGCUCCCAGGCGCACAGUCCCCGACAUGCCCGGCCCCUGCCGUGUCUCGCCCUCGCCACAUUGUCCCACAUCCCAUUCCCAGAGCUGCUUAAUGUUCCAAGUCAUGGCCCUCAUAAACAGUACAUUUCUUUUAGACUCUGAAACCUUCAUGAACUGUGUUUCUUCAUAUUCGUGUGUGUGUGUGUGCACGCACGUGUGUGAAGGUCCACCACAGUCUGCAUUUGCUCUUUACUUCCUUUGGUAACAAUGAACUGUGCUUCCUUCUGAAGGACUUCGUCUAAUUAAAGGAUUAAGAGGCAAUA